UCUGCACCGCUGGCCCACCGCCGCUUUGUGUCACAGGCAACAUCACAGCGGCAGACAUUUGGCAAGGCAGGCUGCGGACUGUCUGCGGGUCGUGUAUGUGUGUGACUGGCUGGCUGGGCUGGCCGCAUCGGGAGCAGAUAGGAUUUUUUUUUCUGUGAUUACCGCAGUAUAAUGUUUUUUCUCUGUUCUAUGCCAUUUCCGGGCCUUAGAGUGGAUAGCAGCUCAAAUCAGAUUUGAUGGUGAUGCUGAGUUAGUGUAUCUGAUUUGGCUAGGUCGAGGCCAGGGGCUUCUUUAACAGCGUGGCAGUAGGAUACAGGGAGGGAGAGCGAGAGAAACCGCGUUGUUCGUGGUUGUGAAUGGACUGCGCUCCCUCAGUAAUUAUCUGCAGUCACUUCGAGUCGUUUCUGCAGGAAGAUGGCGGACAGGGCUGAGAUGUUCGCACUCUCCACCUUCCACUCCCUCUCUCCUCCAGGCUGCAGGCCUGCCCAUGACAUCAGUCUGGAGGAGUUUGAUGAUGAGGAUCUGUCUGAAAUCACAGAUGACUGUGGAAUAGGACUCAACUACGACUCUGAUCCAUACGAGAAGGAUUGUAUGAUUCUGGAGAAGAGUGAUAUGCACCACCCGGUCUGCUCCUUCCAGGACGACUUCCAGGAGUUUGAGAUGAUCGAUGACGAGGAUGAGGAAGAGGAGGAUGAAGACGAGGUGGACCCUGACGGUCCCCCCUCCCCCUCCACUUCCCUUCCUCCUUCCCCUACCCUGGGCACGCUGAAGAGCCGGCCCACCACCCUCAACCUCACCACCACUCUCUCUCUCUCUCAGGACGCAUUGAACAACAACGGCAGUCUUUCUCCAAAGAAGGGCAGCUGGCAGCACUCUCUACGCAAGCCCAUCUCACAAGGCCGUCUGUCUCCAACCCACUCUUGUCUGGAGCAUGGGAGUCACAUGACGGGCCAGUGCCCUUCCCAACCAGCCCCCCAGGCCCCAGGGUACCAGAGCAAAGGUACUCUCCCCAAACAGGCAGGAGAGGGUGGCCACCCCGAGUACCCUCGCAGACCCCUCCUCUGCGACAUGGAGGGCAAUAGACGGGAGAAGCCCAAAUACGGCUCCUUCGGUCAACACAAGUCUCACCUGGGCUCUGAUGAGGUCAUUAACUCCUCAGCCGACCCUUCAACUCUGACCUCCAGAGUUUCAUCCCUGGAUGACCACUCCCAGUGCUCUGACACUGAGGUCGACCACGACAUCAACAACGCCGACCACAACCACAAACGUUCACGGUCCUGCAUGUCCACCCAGCGACGUGCCACUGACACCUACACGGUCACCACUGAGUCAGGCCUGGACCCGGAACUGGAAAACAACCAAGACGGGACCAGCCGAUGCCUGUCCUCCACUGCUCCCAUUGGGGGGAAUGAUGGCGCUGACACCCCUCUGUCAGAUGAGGAGCUGGAGAAAGAUUUUGACGUAGAGUUCAUGUGUAAGGAGACCUAUGACAUUGUGGGGAAGGAGAACCAGAGCUCAGUCUACGUUGAAUUCCCCUCCAUCGAGCCCUGUGAGCUGGCUUCUUUCUCCAGCUACAUGUCAUCAAGCCGCUCCGAUGUUCUUGACCAAUCCCGAAGCACUGAUCAGAGCGAGCAUCCAGCUGCAGCCAAUGAGGAGGUCAACCACUCCACCUCUCCGUCCUCUGACCCAGGCAUCGCUGACAUGAACGCCAAGCGGUGCUACGCCGCCUCAGACCAAGAGCAUGACCUGAGCUCUCCUGGGUCAGAGUCAGACAUCGAGGGGGAGCUGGAUGCAGCGUUCGCCUGCGGAGGACCUCUGGUCUCCAACAUGAUCUCCUCCAUCUCAGAGACAGAGCUGGACAUGACCAGUGAUGACAGUAGUAGUGGACGCUCCUCCCACCUCACCAACUCCAUAGAGGAGGCCAGCUCACCCACCUCUGACCAGGAACUGGACCCAGACACCGAGUUAGAACAGGACAGCGGCAUUGUGGGAAUGAAGGUUUCGCUCCUCCUUGGCCAGCCAGACUCCAUCAAAGAGGGCUCACCCUUACCCUCACCUUCACCAAUACCCUCCCCCACCAUAGCCACCCCUUCCCCUGCUGACUCCCCCAUCCUGCCCCCAGAGCCCUAUGAUGACGGCCAGGCUCUGAUGGGCCUACAGAGUGUAGAUGAUGAUGAAUUGCCCUAUGAGCACCAGGCUGACCUAGAUGAGGCCCUGCCCCCACCCCCACGCUGUGAGGACAGCAUCUCCAGACAGAUGCUCCUCCAGAUAGAAUCAGACCACAGCCUGGAGAGCUUCAAACACUCCUUCUACCUGCCAGUGGGACCCAGACUCAUACCCACUCACGCUGACGACUACGACGGUAACAGUGAGGGAGAGUCUGAGUCGGAGAGCGAGGAUGAGCUGAGCGAGAAUUCAGACUCACCCUGGUUGCUAAGCAACCUGGUGAACAAGAUGAUCUUGGAGGGGUCUCAUCCAAUCAGCUGUCCCGAGGACUGUUUCAAGAGGUCAGUGUCUGUCUCGGACACCAUCUCACCCUCCUCGGACAUCGAGCCAGACGUGUUCACCGACGCUGCAGGCGAAAAAGUGCAGAAAUCUGUGACGAAGGGAUCAGAGUAUAAAGAAGGGAAGGGUCUGAGGAACAAGGGGAAGGAGAGAGAGAAGAGGGAGAAGAGUGCAGAGCCACCCAAAUGGAAUACAGGGAAAGCCAACGAUAGAUUUGGCCCCUGUCUGUACAAGAGCAAUCCCACAGCUGACACCAUCAGACCGGUGAUCGUGGAGCGCUAUGGCAACAGGGUAUCCACAGACAAUAAUCACACUCAGGCCUCGGAGAAAGAAAUCACCAGCCCUAAAUCAGGCAAAAACACCAAGAGGAAGGAUGAAGAAGAGGAUGAUGACGAUACUGUGGAGCCCGAUAACGACCUGAUGAUGCUGGAGGGGAGGAAGGAGCUGGACUCUCCCAGUCUGAGUGAGAGCGUGGCGAGUGACAAGGACGAGGGCCGCGAGACUGAGGCCAAGCCCACUGGACGCUCUACGGCCUCCCUGGAACGCAUCACCACGGUCAAACACAGCAUGACCCUGGACAUCCCCACGGCCCGGACCAACCAAUGCUUCAGCCUCACCUACUCCACUGACAAUGAUGAGGAGGAGGAGGAAGAGGGAGACUCCUCCCCGUUCCUGAGCUGCCUGAGGAAGCAGUCAUCCUAUGGUGGCAGCCACCAGUACCUGGAUAGCGCUCCACCCAUCGACGAGAGUGUCCAGGACCUCCCCCUGUUGGAGAAGGAAUUCCCCCUGUGUGAGAGAGACCUCCCCCUGCGGUCCCAGCCGGAUGAUGAUGGUCUGGCGUACGACUCCAUGAAGUACACUCUGGUAGUGGAUGAGAACACUACACUUGAGCUGGUCAGCCUCAGGAGAUGUACCUCUGUGCUGAGUGAUGACAGUGAGCUGUCUACGCUGUGUGAUGAUGACCCUCUGGGGACGGGGGAGGUGGGGUACGGCCGGCGGAACGGAGGAGUGCGGCCAGAUCUCCUCAGCUCGUCAGAAGACUCCUCACCUGAGGCUGACAUGCACUUUUCCAAGAAGUUCCUCAACGUGUUUGUCAACAGCACCUCACGAUCCUCCAGUACAGAGUCGUUUGGGCUGUUCUCCUGUACCAUCAACGGAGAGGAGAGGGACCAGACACACAGGGCUGUCUACAGGUUUAUCCCCAGACAUGUGGAUGAGUUGGAGCUGGAUGUGGACGACCCUCUGUAUGUCGAGGAGGAGGAGGAUGACUACUGGUACAGAGGCUACAACAUGCGGACGGGAGAGAGGGGGAUAUUCCCUGCCUUCUACGCCCAUGAGGUCAUAGGGCAGUCCAAGGAGAUAAUGGGAGUGAAGAGGAACCCAGCCUGGAUGGACAGUUUCAGCGUUCAGUUCCUGGGUUCUGUGGAGGUGCCCUAUCACCAAGGCAAUGGCAUUCUCUGUGCCGCCAUGCAGAAGAUUGCGAUAGCGCGGAAGCGGACGGUCCAUGUGCGACCCCCCUCUCUGUGUGAGCUGGAGAUUAGUUUACAAGGGGUUAAACUGGUGAUGAGCCUGGAGGACGAAUAUGACACUAUGGAUGAGUUUGACAGAUGUAGUCACUUCUUCCAGAUGAAGAACAUCUCUUUCUGUGGAUGCCAUCCCAAAAACAAUUGCUACUUUGGCUUCAUCACUAAACACCCCAUGCUGAACAGGUUCGCCUGCCACGUCUUUGUCUCCCAGGAGUCAAUGCGGCGUGUGGCCGAGAGUGUUGGACGGGCUUUCCAGGAGUAUUACCAGGAGCACCUGGAGUACGCCUGCCCCACCGAAGACAUCUACCUGGAGUAGAGCAGGCAGGAAAUAUGAAGUGUUGCCAUGACAACCAUCUUCUCUUCUUCCUGCUGCUGCUUGUGUAUGUUCAUCAAUCUCACCACCAGAGGCUGCUGGUGGCUCUGCUCUCAUCGUAAAAUACCCCAUAUAUACAGGAUCCCUCUAAAACUGGAAUGUUCAUUUCAGUUCUACAGUAUGCGACGUGUUUUAUUCAUUUAUUGACUUAUUUAUUGAUUCAUUUGUUUGUACGUUUAUUUUCCAUCUUCUAGAUGGAUUGCCUGUUUCUUUUUCUAUGAUACAGUUACAGGAAUAAGUCUUGGCACCUUAUUUUAGAUAUUAUGUAUCCUCCUUGGUUUAAAAAACAAGAACAACAAUGAUAAUCAUACUACUGAUAUUUCACAUGUUCCAAUGCAUGGCUAGGAGGGUAAUACACUGUACUAAUCACACACAGAAACACAGACCUAUUAGGAUACAAAAACAGAGCAACAAUCAAGAGGACAUGGAGCAUAUUAUUUGUUCAGGUGUAAAUACGUUUUUGUUCAAUAUUGACAAACUGCUAUUCUACUGAUAGUGACAUUGGAUCGAAGAAGAGGGAGAGUACAGUGAUGUGAUUGGUCCGAGCUAACACCUGUAUCGUGUACAAGACAUAGUGUGUUCUG